GCUGCAGCCGUGAGCACCGCGCAGCUCCACGCGAGCCCGGGUCUGGAAACUCAUCUCCUCCAUCAUUUUAAUGGGAUAAUAAUGUGAUUGAUUGGUCGCCUCCCGGGGGGCUGGAUUUGCUUCCUGAGAGCGAAAGACUCAUCAGAACUCACAGCUGACUUGGACAAGGAUUCCUGCCCAACAGCCCGUCGGCAGGGGUGAGUUCUCGGCCACGUUUCCUCCAGGCAGACAGUUUGUGCCAUCAGCUGCCGCGAAGCUGCCACCGUCCUCGGUGGGGACUGAACGGGGGAGAGGGGGGAGGAGAGGAAGAGGAAGAGGGGAACAGCGCGCGUCGGGACGGCGAAAUCCCGUUGCAAUGCACGGAGGCUGCUUGGAAAUGCUCCCCGGGUCUGCGGAGCACAUGAGCAGGUCCCAGCCCGCCGACGGACACCGCCGUUGGGAAGAUCCGGCCGCUUUAGCGCAGCAGUUCCGAGCUGCCACCCCGUAGGUUCGGCCGCACGAGCCGCACGGCUCUGUUCGGAAUCCGAGCGGAGCAACAUCCGCCGUAAACCGGGAGCCCGAAGGCUGCAUCACGUUGCUGCGUCGCGAAGGUGCUGAACACCGUGCACGCGGUCGGAGGCAUCUAUGCAAUUUUAUUUGGACUUUUCUUCGUAUUAUGAGCACAGAGGAGGGAGAGGCGGGCCCAGCGUGCGAGGAGGCGCCGGGAGCCGCCACCGGCACCCACCGCCACACCUGGGAGGAAGGCGAAGCGCGCGGCUCCCAAGGACGUCCGCGCCCCGACGAUGAGGACGCGGCGGAACGCGGAGACGGACGCGAGGAGGGAGGACGCUGCCGCGAGGCCCGGAGCGACGGGGACGCGGAGAAAUUCAACGUGGAGAACAACGGGGGCAAUUUCUCCAGCGAGGAGGGGGCGGUGGGGGGGGCGUCUUGCAAGACUCAGGCGAUGCAUUCAAACUGCAGCAGCGAAACCUGCAUCCCCACUCCCAGCUGCCGGAUCUGCUUCCAAGGCGCCGAGCAGGGCGACCUGCUGAACCCGUGCCGCUGUGACGGCUCCGUGCGCUACACCCACCAGCACUGCCUGCUGAAGUGGAUCAGCGAGCGCGGCUGCUGGACCUGCGAGCUGUGCUGCUACCGCUUCCACGUCAUCGCCAUCAACAUGAAGAGGCCGUGGCAGUGGCAGUCCAUCACCAUAACGCUGGUGGAGAAGGUGCAGAUCAUCGCCGUGUUCCUGGGCUCGCUCUUCCUGGUGGCCAGCAUCUCCUGGCUGCUGUGGUCGGCCCUCAGCCCGCAGGCCAUCUGGCAGCGCCGCGACGUGCUCUUCCAGAUCUGCUACGGCAUGUACGGCUUCAUGGACCUGGUCUGCGUGGGUCUGAUCGUCCACGAGGGCGCGGCCGUGUACAACGUCUUCAUGCGCUGGAGGGCGGUGAACCUGCACUGGGAUGUUCAGAGCUACGACAAGGCCAAGGACAUGGAGGAGACCAGCACCGGGCACUCGUCUCUGGCUCCCAGGACGCUGUGGCUGCCUCUGGCCACGUUCGGGCCCAGCGGCCCUUUGCACCCGACCCAGCUGGGGCCGCGGCCGUGGACCUGCCUCUGUCUGGCCCCCUUCUGCCCCGGCCUGCUGCCCCGAAACAACCUCAGCCAGGACAGUGACUCCGGAGAGGUCGUCAUUCGAGUGACAUCAGUGUGAAACCAGGCGGCAGCAACAUGUCUGGUUCACACGCGGCCAAAGUCUGAGCUCUGCUGGGGAAUUUUUACAGUCACAAUAGUUUUCUUUUUUACUUUCAAAAGCUUUUAUUUCAUGAAGGCGUCCCCACAAACCGUCGGUCUGCUCUGGGGCUGGUCCUCAAAACAGUCCCAGUCUUUAAAUCUAAAUGUGAGGUGCUGUUGUGUUCGAUGACAACACAGGCAGCGGUGACUCUCAGUGAGGUCUACGUGGGAACAGAAUGCAGCUCAAGCCUGAUUACAAUGAACAGCCCUUAAUAGUCGCUGGUCAGGACCUUCUACAGAAGGUACAUGAUCGUUAGCGUUUUUGAGCGUCUCAAAAAUGGUUGAUAUUUAAGGAAGCUUUCAUUUACUGUAACAUGGUUUCCUGUAAUCUGAUUUCACUGCUGAUUCAUCAGCUGGCUUCAAAUACUGAUUAACACCAAUAUGAGAUCGACAACUGGGAGCUGCUGAAUGAUUGGGUUGGUUUCUGUGCCUGCAUCACUGUGUUUCCUGGGGGAAAUCUGCCUCAUGUUUUGUAUGUUUUAAAGCAGACCGCUCCGACUCCAAAUGAGCACAAAGCCGACAUGACCUUCUGACGCUCCACCCUCUGCUUCUGUCUGUAUAUGCUGGCAUAUCGGCGUUGCCCGGCUUUAGAACGCGAGCGAUGGAUCCAGAGGCGUCGGUCGGUCUGUCAGCAGCUGCUGAGCCUGUGGUGUUGAUCCAGCUCCGGGUCGUUGUGCUGCGGGUCUGGCCUGGACUGGCUGAUGAUGAUGACCUGCACAUAACGGACCCGCUGUGGCUGUUAAUGGUGGUUGUAUUUCUAUUUCUGUUGAAUGUAACAUGGAUGUGAUGUAUAAAUAUAAAAAUAUUUAUAUACACAGCAAA